AUGAGCUCCAUGUCGGGUGCAGAUGACACCGUCUACAUGGAAUAUCAGGGUCGAGGCAGCAAAUCCUUUUUAGGAAAGAACAUUCAUCCACUGUUCAAGCGGCUUCAGAAAUCGACCGUCUGCAGACUGGUGCACACUGGAGUACAACAAAUUGCAGCCCUUCGCCAGGAGGUCAUCAAACUGCCCCCCCCUGGAGAACUGGAGGAGGUUGGCCAAGAGUUUGCAAGGCUGGCCAACAGCCCAGUAUUCUCCAGGUGUGUGGGGGCCAUUGAUGGCUGCCAUGUCCGCAUAAAGACCCCCCCAGGACCUCUGGGCCAGGAUUACCUCAACAGAAAGCUCUUCCCAUCCAUACAAUUGCAGGCAGUGUGUGAUGGGAAGGGCUUCUUUCUCAACACCUUUGUUGGGUAUCCUGGCUCAGUCCAUGACACCAGAGUCCUGAAGAACAGCGCAAUUUACAAACAGGCUCUGUAUCCUCCCUCAGGAUUCUUCCUUUUGGGUGAUGGUGGCUACCCCUGCAUAGAAGGACCUGUGGCCCUCAUCACCCCAUAUAGAGAACCACUGCAAGGGAGGGUGCAGAGCCGCUUCAACCAGCAUCAUGCCAGGGCUCGCUCCAUCAUAGAGCGGGCCUUUGGCAGGAUGAAAAGCAGGUGGAGAUCGCUGUUCUUCAAGGCUCUGGAGGUCCACCACACCUUUGUCCCCUCAGUCAUCACCGCCUGUGCAGUGCUCCAUAACAUCUGCCUCACAGCGGGGGACAUCCUGGAGCCUGAAGAGGAUGUUGGGGACAUUGGUGUGGUUCCACCACGUCUGGUGAGGGGGGAUCGAGGCGGACAUGGCCAGCGAGACCGACUGGCAGGGCUGCUCUCUGCUCCAUGUGUGCAACCAGUUGAACUACAAGAACAUGAUUAUUUGUAGGACUUGGGGACACGAAGGCCUUGGACACCACACUGUGUGAAAAGCUGUGUGCCUUCA